AUGGAAAGUGUUCAAUUGGAACAUGAAAACGUGACUGAAUUUGUCCGGUUACUCUUCGGGACAGAGUGGAAGAAGGAGGAGAUUCUCGAACGAGGAAAGGACCCAAUGACUGAAAGAAUUGAACGAGGAGCCGUAGGAGGUGAAAAUCUCAUGUACGGUUCUGUAGAGUGGCAAGUACGAUUAACCUCUGGGUUUGAAAUCACUGCUUAUAUACCUGGUAUUGGCUAUAAUUCACAAGAACAUUCUGUAGUCUUAGUAAGAGGGGAAGGGUUAAGGAUUUACCUGGUGAGAUAUCACAUUGUUCGAGGAACCCUAGAUGCUGUCGGAGUAAAGGAUCGUCAACAAGGGCGUUCUAGUGCGUUGUAG